AUGGCUAGCAGUGAAUUGAAUCAGUUUCUGGAAACUGUUGAUGAGAAGGUCCUGGAGUGUACUAUUUGCUUUAAGAGACUUCAAAAUCCUAAAUUUCUCAACUGCUCCCAUAGUUUCUGUUUGGCGUGUCUGGAAGACUGGGUUAAGACGAAGGGUAAGCUGACAUGUCCAACCUGCUUAAAAUCAUAUUCCAUUCCACAAGGUGGACUUCAGAAGCUUCCACCUAAUACAUUUGUGAAUAACUUACUGGAAACUAUUGAACAAAUUUCCAAAAGAGAUCAGAUGAAAUGUGUUUGUGCAAAAGGGCUGCAGGCAAAAUACUACUGCCAGGAAUGUAAACAUUACUUAAGCUCUACUCAACUGAAGGCAACAUGGACACAGUCUACAGGAGAAACCAACAAAACUCAAAUUGAUGAAGAUGAUAAUGGAGAUUAUUUUGUGACAGGUAAAUGUACCAGUCAAGGUAUUUGUACGCUAAACGUUAGUGCUGAUGGUGAACCAGUUAGGCUGUCACCGGUGGUAAUCAAUGUAGAGAAAGAAGGAUUAGUAAAUACCAUUGAAACACAUCAAGAAGACAUUGUAGAUGUAGUUAUGUGUGAAGAUGAUCACUUGUUGGUUUCAUGUUUAAAAAAUGAAAUACUCAAAUACAAGCAAUCAGGAGAAUAUAUUGGGAAGCUUACACUACCACAAAGUGUGAAAAUCUACAGAAUGUACAACAUGAAGAAUGGUAAUAUUGUAUUCGGUGAUUGGGUUAAUAACUACAUCACAAUACGUAAUAUGAAUGGUCAGCUGAUCAAAUCCUUUGGUAAUGGAGGAAAGAUGCCACAUGGUAUCCAUGUGGAUGAGGCCUCAAAUAUUGUGUAUGUAGGAUAUAUGUCAAGUGUGUCAGUAUACAACAUUGAUACUGGGCAGGAGAUCAGGAGCAUAGGGACUUGGGGUGAUCAAGAAGGUCAAGUCAAAGCAGUUAAUGACUUUUCCCUUACUAAUCAAAGAAAUGUUCUUGUAUUAGAUACAUUUAACAACAGAUUACAACUAUUUGAUAAUGAGGGACGGUUCAUGAAAGUCCUUGUCAGAGCAGGUGAUGAAAAUGGUAAAGUGAUGAAACCACGUGGAGUAGUAGUUGAUCAGGAUGACAGCAUUAUUGUAUCAAGCAAACACAAAAUACAGUUAUUUAGUAGUGAUGGAAAUUUUAUUAAAAGAAUUGAUAAAGAAGAAGAUGGAAUCAAAGAUCCAUGGGGACUAUCCGUCAUUUCACAUCAUCCACGAAGAGUUGCAGUAACAAACCGAGGUGACAAAACAAUAAAAACAUUUAAUUAUUAA